GUAUUAUCCUGUCCUAUUAUAAUUCUAUCAUGGAGUCGAUCCCAGCUAAAGCACGCGUUAUAAAGAUGUUGGGGCGCAUUGGGGCGAGUGGAAUUCUAACGGAAGUUCGCGUGCAGCUACUCUCCUGUCCACGCAUUCAAUUUCUGCAAAAGGUUAAAGGACGUGUCCGAAUUGGUGAUAUCGUCGAUGUGGAGGACAACAAAUUCGAGCAUGGCCCUUGGCAGGCAUAGAUUUACAGUCGCCCGAUUACAGACACGACACAAAUGCAAGUUAGUGGCACUUAUGGUCAAUAAGU